AUGGAAAAAGGUAAUCAUGGUCCAUCAAUUUCACCGAUGCCAGCUCCUAACCAUGAUGAUUACCUUCAAUCGUGGAAACUUGGAAUUGUAAUCAGCACACUUUUCCUUGGGAUAUUUCUCUUCGGCCUCGACGUCAACAUCAUCGGUGUCGCUAUCCCUAAAAUCACAAGCGAAUUUGGCUCUCUUGACAAAGUUGCAUGGUAUGGAUCCGCCUACUUGUUGACAGUGACAGCUUUCCAGCCCGGUUUUGGCAAUUUGUAUAGAUUCUUCAACGCAAAGCUCAUCUAUUUAUUGUCUAUAGUUAUUUUUGAGGCGGGUUCUGCCAUUUGCGCAUCAGCGCCAGCCUCCAAUAUCCUUAUAUUUGGUCGUGCUCUCCUGGGAGUCGGUGCUGCCGGUCUUCUUCAGGGCGCUCUUGCCAUCAUCUCUUAUUCCGUUCCUUUGGAAAAGGUCCCCGUCUAUCAGGGAGUUGUGACGGGAGCCAUUGGUAUAAGCGUAUCUGUUGGGCCCGUUAUCGGUGGUGCGCUUACACACAACGUCCCAGCCGGAGGGCUCGUUAUAUUGAUCGUCCUUCUAUUUGUACCACUUUCGCGGUCCUCUGAUGAAGCAAACAAACAAUUACCAAUGAAAGAAAAGCUUCGGCGCAUGGACCUUAUUGGAACUAUUGUUUUUCUCGGCUCUAUCUGCUGUCUUCUCUUGGGAUUAGUCUGGGGUGGCCAUACGUAUCCUUGGCAAGACUCGAGAAUCAUCGGCCUGUUCGUUGGCUCUGGACUGCUUGCCAUUCUUUUCUGCUACUGGCUAUGGAUGCAGGGUGAGAUGGCUCUAAUACCUCUUCGGAUCCUCCGAAAACGAUCUAUUGCAAUGGGAGCUGUAACACUUUUCGCCAUUAAUAUAACCUUGAAUAUCUACGGUUAUUAUCUACCACUAUUCUUUCAAGCCGCUCAAGGAGUUGGUGUCACUGAGAGUGGAAUUCGUCAAAUGGCUCUUGUUCUCCCCGAAAUUGUUGCUGUUGGGCUCACCGGCUUUGUUGUGACAAAAUGGGGUUACUAUGUGCCUUACAUGAUAGGGGGGACAGUAAUCGGAUCCAUCGGUGCGGGUCUUCUUACAACUCUCGAUGUCGAUACCCCUACAGCAAACUGGGCGAUUUAUCUUUUCAUAUUUGGCGUUGGGGCCGGAAUGUCGUUACAGCUUCCAUACACUGCAGUACAGGCCGUCCUUGACCCCUCGGACGUAGCGACAGGUAACGCGAUUGCCGUUUUCUCUUCUCAGCUUUCUGGCGCUAUUGGCCUCUCGAUUGGCCAAGAUCUCCUUGUUCAUAAGCUUUAUAUAGCAAUCCCACAACACACGGACGCAAUUUCCCCAGCCAGAGUUGUUGAAGUCGGCGCUAGCGCCCUAGCUGAGAUAUCACCCUCACCUGAGGUUCUUGCUGCCCUGCGCCAAUCGUACGCUGAUGCAAUGCGCUGGACUUUGAUACUUGCUGUCGCGUCCAUGUGUAUUGCAGUCCCGUCUUCUUGUGCUAUGGAAUGGCUGAACAUCAGGAAGGUUGCAGAGCAAAGGGUGGUAGAGCACGAAAUGCAAAGGAACAGCUCCUCCACCAAGCCGGAUGAGAGUCGGGGGGACCUAUCUGCGAAUGAAAAAGAUGAAAAGAAGACUAUGGUGUAA